AUGUCAGGAAUGCAAGCAGCAGAGUCCACAGUCUGCGCGUGCGUGUGCGCGUGCGUGUCGUCGCGUGGUAGCAGUGUACAGGUGAGCAAUGACGUCACCAACCGAUCCUGCCCCCGCCCCCCUGCACAGACACAGUACUCCAGAGAGGGGAGUCCAGCACCCGCCCCGCCACAGGCACGCUGUCAGAGAUCUAGGUCACGUCUGACGUCACGAGAAUACACAUUAUGUCGUCUGACUGAUGUCCUGCGAAAGAUCAGUGAUGUGGGCAAAGAAUCCUGUAACACCAUCAGUAGUUUGAGCAGAGAUUCCCACCAAAUGACCAUUUGUGAUGUACCCGGAAGCAAUGUGAACAGUGCCAGAGUGGAGUACGAUUACGAUUACGACUACACAGAUGAGAGCGAUCCUUUCUGGGAGUAUCGUCUGUGGAAGGAGCAGAGCGCGAUGGGGAAAGGGCAGAAGAUCGGGGAGAAGCCUCCCGCCGCUCCUGAUCCGAUACUCUCGGAGGGGGAGAGCGAUACUUUGUCCAGCAACCGUGCCGGGAAUCCCAAGGAUAGAUCUUCUCUCUUUGGGACAGGACAGACGUGGCAGAACCGGCCAAAAGUCUCUGGACUCGAAGAUACAACGAGCCACCCUCCAACCACCUCUCACGCGGCCCUAGAUCUCCCCGCCGGCGCAGUGGGCAGGGGUGUGUUGCCCGCGGUACACAUUGCCCUGCAGCACGUAAACAACGACACGCGCAUGCAGCGGAAGUACACACUCAAGAUGGCGUCCAACGACACCAAGCUGUCGUACGCAGACACAAACCCCAUGCUGUCGGACCGGGACAAGUUCCCCAACUUCUACCGCACCGUGCCCUCGGACAGCGACUUCAACCCGGCCCGGCUGGCACUCUUACGUCACUUCAACUGGACAACGGUCGCCACGCUCUUCCAGGACGCCAAGCUGGGCCGGGCCAGAUACGGAUAUGCCCACAACCGCUUCGACAGCCUGAUGGAGAAAAACAAAAUCAACAUCUCUAUCGUGGAGAGCUUCGCGGACGACCCGGAGCAAGCCAUCAAAAACCUCAAGGCGCAUGACGUCAGAAUCAUCGUGGGAAACUUUGACCAGAGCAUGGCACGCCGCGUCUUUUGUAGUGCCCACCAGCACUCCAUGUAUGGGGCCAAACACCAGUGGAUCAUCCUGGGCACCUACGACCCUGACUGGUGGACCGUGGAGGAUGACUCCAUACCCUGCUCACCCCAACAGCUCAACCACACCCUCCACGGUUACUUAGCAACGGACGUGCUGCCGCUCAGCACCAGUGACGAGAUCACUGAGUCUGGAAAGACAUCAGGCGAGUACCUGGAGCUGUACGAAAGUGCCCGGGGUCAAGAGUUCAGCAAGUACCACGGCUACGCCUACGACGGCGUCUGGGUGGUGGCCAAGGCCCUUGACCGCCUGCUGGACGGGACCAGCAUGACCCCUGACCUCUUCCGGGGACCGCUGGUGGGCAAGGUGCUCAACGAAACCAGCUUCCAGGGAGUGACGGGUCGUGUCCAGUUCCUGAACGGAGACCGAGUGGGGAGCACAACCAUCCUCCAGAUGCAGUUCGGCAGCAUGGAGAAGGUCGGGGAGUACCACGCCCUGUACGACAGCCUGGACUUCAGCGACGGCAAACCCAUUGUGUGGAGAGAUCGCAAACCGCCAGUGGACCGGAGCAUCAAGAUCGACGAGCUACGUCACGUGUCUGUCCCAGUGUACAUCGGGCUGGUUGUCAUGGCAGCAUUUGGCAUCACAAUGGCCGUCUUGUUCCUGGCGCUCAACAUCCGGUUCAGAAAUCACAGGUACAUCAAGAUGUCGAGCCCCAACAUGAACAACCUGAUCAUCAUAGGCUGUAUCCUGUGCUACGUGUCCAUCAUCCUCCUGGGGGCGGACCCGGACCACCAUAACCCCGCCCUCUUUGCCUACCUCUGCACGGUACCUCCCAUCGCCAUUGCAUGUCUUUGUUUAUUUCUUCAAGGACUCUCAAGCUAUUGA